CCACUCCCUCUCUUUUGAUUCUCUUUCCAUUGGGUCCCUCCUUUGUCUCUUUCACAUAUUACAUUACAAAACAUUAUCAUAACCAAAAUAAUACUAUUAUACUUAACCACCUUACACAUAUUUUCAUCAUCUAAUUUGGUACUUUCUUUUCUGUUUUUAAGAGUUUUUUGAGAGUUUUGGUUUAGAGGGUUGACAUGGAAGAAAGAUAUGAGCCAUUGAAGGAACUUGGUUCUGGAAAUUUUGCUGUUGCUAGGUUGGCUAAAGAUAAAAACACUGGUGAACUUGUUGCUCUCAAAUACAUUGAAAGGGGCAAAAAGAUUGAUGAGAAUGUUCAAAGGGAGAUAAUUAACCACAGAUCGUUAAGGCAUCCUAAUAUUAUCAGAUUCAAAGAGGUCAUGCUGACACCUUCUCAUUUAGCCAUUGUCUUGGAAUAUGCUGCUGGUGGUGAACUCUUCGAGAGGAUAUGCACCGCUGGCCGAUUUAGUGAAGACGAGGCAAGAUAUUUCUUCCAACAGCUAAUAUCUGGUGUUAGCUACUGUCAUUCAAUGGAAAUUUGUCAUAGAGAUCUGAAAUUGGAAAACACGCUCUUGGACGGAAAUCCAUCCCCUCGGCUAAAAAUUUGCGACUUCGGUUACUCCAAGUCUGCACUAUUGCACUCUAUACCAAAGUCAACAGUCGGAACUCCUGCAUACAUUGCUCCAGAGGUUCUGUCACGAAAGGAGUACGACGGAAAGACUGCAGAUGUUUGGUCCUGUGGCGUGACUCUAUACGUCAUGCUAGUUGGUGCAUAUCCAUUCGAAGAACCAGAAGAUCCUAGAAAUUUCAGAAAGACUAUUGGGAGAAUAAUAGGCGUGCAAUACUCCAUACCCGACUACGUACGCAUUUCUGCAGAGUGUAGGAAUCUUCUAUCUCGCAUCUUUGUUGCCGAUCCUGCCAAGAGGAUCAGUCUCCAAGAGAUAAAGCAGAACCCUUGGUUUUUAAAGAACUUGCCGAAAGAGAUCAUUGAGGCUGAAAGAAAAGGUUUUGUGGAAACAAAGAAGGAUCAACCAAGCCAAAGUGUGGAAGAAAUCAUGAGGAUCAUACAAGAGGCAAGUGUACCGGGACAGGGAUCGAAAGUUGGCGAAGGUGGCCAAGCUGGUUCGGGUUCAAUGAACAUUGAAGAUGACGAGGAAAUCGAUGUCGAUGUCAGUGGUGAGUAUGAGUAUGAAAAUGCGUGAUUGAGGCCUUCAUUGGGUGGAUGGCUGGCUACAUUGUUUAUAAGACAUUGGUCUGCAUUAUUAUCAGCAUUUACCACACUGCAACAUUCAUGUUGUAAAGAUAAACACUAUACCUAGGUUUGAAAUAGGGUUUUGUGUUUAUUUGAGUGUGAAUAACAUUUGAUAAGAAGGGCUUGAAUUGAUUUUCAUUCA